GCUGGUCCUGUGCAUCAGCUGCUUUAUGUCCUGUCAGACAGACGUGUAUCUCCAAAAAUACUGUGAGAAAUUUCUGAAAGAUUCCAAAUCACUAAAGUUUAGAGACACGUUGAUGUCAUGACCUCGAUCAGGCUGUUUGUGGAGUGUUUUACGGCUCCAGGAAAUGUCAUUCAUUUAAAGCCAGUGGUAGAAUAUAACUACUCACGUACUGUUACUGGGGAGUAACUAUGGCAUUGUAGUCUCUUACUGUUACUAAGAUAUUUUUUUUUAUUAGUUUACAGUUACUAAUCAAAAUAUUAGUGAGUAGAAAGGUGUUACAUCUGAAGUAUGCUUUUCAGUAAGAAGUUUAUAUGUAGAAAAUAACAUUCAUUCUGUCUGUUUCAAGACUUUUCAGCUUUAUUGCCCAGAUUAAAACAUUUGCUUGAAAAGUAAUCAAAUGUAAUAAGUAUUAUUUUAAUGAAAAAAUUAGAUUAGUUAGAUUACUUAUUAGAUUUUAACAGGGUAACUAUUAAUCUGUAACAUAUAACAUUUUAAAAAUAAUCUUCCCAACACUGUCUACUUUAAUGUUUCCAUUUCCUGCUACUAUAUAACUAACUACUUCACUUCCAAUGGAAAUAAUGUAGUUUUAACUUCACUACAUGUAUUUAACAGCCGUAGGAAUACUUGUUACCAAUUAAGAUUUUUCAGACAAAACAAAUGACCACCUUUUAGAUUAUGAUGCAUUUGCUCCUUACAAAAAUCUAAAGUCAUUUUAGUCUGUAGCUCAAAUCAUAUUUUUUAGGUUAUUUUUUUAAAUCAAGUUCCAUUUUUCAUAAUUGUAGUGUGGCAGUGCACCUUAUAGACUACUAACAGAUUUGUUAUUUGAGGAAAUAAAGGUUUUAGGACCCAGUUAUAGGCAGAAACAUUUUGUUAGACUGAACUGCUGCUGCUGCUGCACAUAUGCUCCUCAACCAGUUACAACAAUAAAAUGCGACUUACUAUCUGUAAUAAUCCAUAUAAAAUGUAUAUGAUACGAUGAAAUUGGCCAUUCUAUAGUACUUUUGCUUUUAUAUGAGACAAUUUUGCUGAAAAUACUUGUUUGCUUUUAUAUAAAUACAGGACUUUGACUUGUAUUAUAGAUUUUUUUACAUUGCUUUUAUUUUAUUUUAAUUUUUUUAUUUAUUUAUUUUAUGUUUAGACAUAGAGCUGCAUUAUAUCCAGAUAGAUGCAAUUUAACAAUUUGAUUUAAUUCAACAACAAGCACUCAGAGCAGAAAAAAACUAACCAGUCAAGUCAACAAUCAAAAAACAAACAAACUUUUAUUUAAAUAAAGGAUCUGUCUACUUCUCGCACCAGUAUUUUAGGCACAAAACCUCAUUUAAGGUUCAGAUACAGAAUCUUUUGCAAAGUCACAGACUGAGAGCAACAUGAGCAGCAGCAGCAUCUGUGUCUGCAGCUCGUCACCAGAUGUCGUUGUUGGUUUCACUUUGAGAUAAAAUAAAAAUGACAUCCAUUGUCAAAGUGAUACAAAUCACGUUGUCGAAGCAGCGCAGUUAACAUUCAUCUAUAUUUGGUUAAAGUCAGAUGAAGAGCUGCAGCUCUGUGGGCUUAUUCUAGGGCUGGAGGGCGGAAGGCGGAUAGGAUUUAGUGUCUGAUGGCAGAUGGCAGUCUUAACGAUAGAGACAAGCCGUGCAGAUAUUGUGCUGUGGGAAAUACAGGAAUUAACAGUCCAGCCUGUGCUCGGAGCUUUGAGCUGUGUGUGUCUAAAUAAACACCAUGAUGUGUGUGUGAAGCCGAGCAGGACCAGGUCGUGACUCCUUUCAAGUGUCGUGUGCGCACGUCGGGUGUGUGCAGCCUCCUGUGUGUCAUGUGGGCUCAUUGUUUACAUGCUGUCGUGAUUUCACAGAGGGCGUGUGUUUGUGUGUGUGUGUGUGUGUCCCUAAUUACGGUUCCUGCAAUUUCCAGCACACUUAUAGAAAUAAUGUGUUUUUUCCCCACUUAGCGAGGGAACAUUGUAGCCAUGCUAGUGUGUCACGAGUUGAGUGGACCCAUUUCAGCACCGUGGUCAGCUCCACGGCGAGAACAAAAGGCGGAUUUGCGUCGCUUGAUGUCAGGGACCGUCCGCUUUUUAACCGUCCACAUGAAAAACGAAAAAUAUGAUCAAUCCCUCCAAAACCGCCUCCUGCCCCUAUUACAUUUAAUCACAUAAUGUCAAAUAUGUGUCAAAUUAGUGUGUAUUUUUGUGUAUUAGGUGGUGAUGGUCACAUAAAACAGCUUUGGAUCUAUUCUCUGGUCAUUGAACCUUAGCUUUCAUGGGCCCAUUGUGUCUUUCUGUGGAGUUUGCAUGUUCUAGCCGCCUGUGCCGUUGUCUUCGUGUCUAGAUAUGUGCAUUAGGUGGAUAAAUUAAUGGCCCCCAACUGUCUGUAGGUGUGUAUUUAAGUUAGAGUUUAAAUGGUUGUCUCAUUAUAGGGAGUAUACAUUAUGUGGGCAGACUGAUGACCUGUCCCUUGUGACUCUGCGCAGGAUACAGAUAUAGUAUGGAUGGAUGUUCAUUUAUAGUCCUCAUUCAGGACUGUCAUGCCACGUGUCACUGUCUCAGAUGGCUACAUGAAGCCCCCUGUGUGGUUUUAAAUUCUCAGGAAGUUACAUACUGUGGUAUUGUAGUAAUGUUGAAAAUGUGAAACAAUUGGAGAAAAGAUGAACUCCUGCCCCUACCCCUUCCCUUCUCUCUCCCCCCUUUUAUACUAUCUGUCCUACUAAAUUAUGCCCAAAAAGCCAAAACAAUUGGCCAUACAGUAAAGUAGAGGUGGGAAAAACAAGACCAAAUAAAAAUGAUUGUCCCUAUAACACCAUUUGUAUUAGAUAUUGGGGUAUGUAACAUAUAGAAAUUAUGCAUAAUCCCCAAGUCUGAUAAGAUAUUUGGGUCAUUUUUGUAAGCAAAAAUAACUACUAAAUAAAUACUGAAUCUAGCUUAUCAGAUAUUAAUAUUUGAUAGUUUCCUCUGUCCUCUUUAAUAGUGAAUAGAAUAUCUUCAGGUUUUGGACCGUUAGUUGAGCAAAACAAACGAUAUCAUUAUAUCAACUUAAUCUUUGGGAAUUGUGAUGGACAAUUUAUUUUAUUUUGUUACAUUUUAUAUUUUAUGCAAUUAAUCGUUUAUUCAAAAUGUGAAAAUAAUUGCUUGUUGCAGGCCUAAUUGUAAAUAUCAAAUGCCACAAAUGGGUGCUGCAAGCCAGGACUGUAAUGUAUACGACAGUCACACAGCUGAGUAGAAUUAGGGAAAACAAAAUUUAAUAUGUAGUGUACUAGUACAUAAUGUACCAAUAGGGAACCAAAGUGAAGUUGGGGAAUAAGGGGGUAACAAUCAGGGAACUUUAAAGGUAUACUAUGCAGGAUUUUUCGAAAACACUAAAGACUUAUACAAAAAUAUUUCCUUACAAUAAUCACUUAUGAUCACUAGAAGUGUGUAGCAGUGUAUUUUGCUGCACACUCUGCCUGUAUUCUCUUAUUUUCUUCUUAUUUUGCUGUGGUCAGGACGUUCCUGGGCACAAAGCGAGUGAGGUCAGGGCUUUAUGAAAAGGUAGUGACCAGGUGCCAGGCUGUAAGCAGCAUGCGUCCCAGAGGAAACUAUGAAAAAUGCGGACACAACACAGAAAAAAACGCAAAUACAGCAAGGGGGUUGGCUUUUACUUUCACUUUUGCUGGCAAUACUGUUUGCAAACAGUAACUGACAAUCCCUGCAUAGUAUACCUUUAAAAAAAAUAUAGUAGGUAUUUUUAAACUUGCAGGUACCUGUUCUGAUAGUUUAAGAUAAGAUAAAUCUUUAUUGAUUUCCAGAGGGAAAAAAUGGAUGUAGCAACAGUGCAAGGACAGAAAUAUGUAGAGAUAAGAGAUAAAUAUAAAAUAAUUAAUAUGAAGUACAGUAUGAUCUACUGAAGAACAAUCUGGUGAAGGAAUGAUUUGCAUUUGUUUUGGAUAUUAGGGCAUCAAAAAAAAAUUUAUUUAUUUAUUUUUUUUUUGGAGUAAAAAUGCCAACAGCACUGGCUCCAGCUUCUCAAAUGUGAAUAUUUGCUAGUUAUUUUUUAUACACAUUGAAGUUUUGGACCACUGGUCAAACAAUAUGAAUAAAUCCGCUUGGACUUUGGGAAAUGUGACGGACAAUUUAUUUUGGUUUGUGACAUUUUAUAUUUUACGCAAGGAAAAAUAAACACAAACACACAAGUCAUUAACUAUUGAACUUAACCUCAAUGUCUUAAUCAUUUAUCACAAAUAGGGAAAUUAGUUCAAACAUACAAUUGAACAUUCAGCAUCACGUUUUGUAGCCAUGACUGAGGUUUCAUCACCUCCUCUUGCCUCUCCGGCAGUCACAGGACUGGUAGUUUAGCGACGGUCCCUGGCGGCAGACAUCACGGCUCGUACAGCCCAGGGGAGGAGGGAUGGAGCUGAGAUGGACAGGGAGGGAGACACCGGCUUACGACGUCAAAGGAGUACAGACACACACACACACACACACACACACACAUAUACACACACACACAGAGGGAGAGGGAGAGGACAACCAACCAGACUGCCAAUUCCCCACGGUCUACUGAAGGAAAUUCAUCUAUCACAACACUCUCCAUUCAGCAACGCGAGAGAGACAGAGACUUGUUUAUUUUUAUAUCAGAUUUAUUUGAAACGGGGGAAAAAAUCACGGAGCAUCUGUCAGGAAAAAAACAACAAGCAGAUCUAGAAAAAGACGCUCAUGCCGAAUAAAGGACCGUCGCUGGAUGUUACUUGUGUUGUUAUAGGGGGGGUGCAGGCCUAACUUGUUACAGGAUUCAAAGACGCUCUUACAGACAAAUGAACUGAAUAAUUGAGAUCCAAUAACUAAAUAACAGCGGGGGGAAGAAGAAAGGCAGCCACUGAUCACGCCGAUUCUUUGCCACGAACAACACCACAGACUUCUCAAUGAAGGAGCCUGACGCAAUCAAGCUCUUCAUCGGGCAGAUACCCCGAAACCUAGAGGAGAAGGACCUGAAGCCCAUCUUCGAGCAGUUUGGCAAGAUCUAUGAGUUGACGGUGAUAAAGGACAAAUACACGGGGAUGCACAAAGGAUGUGCCUUCCUGACAUACUGUGCACGUGAGUCCGCCCUCAAAGCCCAGAAUGCACUGCAUGAGCAGAAGACACUACCAGGGAUGAACCGUCCGAUCCAAGUGAAGCCGGCAGACAGCGAGAGCAGAGGGGAAGACAGGAAGCUGUUUGUGGGUAUGCUGGGAAAACAGCAGACGGACUCCGAUGUGAGAAAGAUGUUCGAGCCGUUUGGGAGCAUAGAAGAGUGCACGGUGCUUCGUGGGCCUGACGGUACCAGCAAAGGGUGUGCGUUUGUGAAGUACCAGAGUAACGCAGAGGCCCAGGCCGCCAUCAACGCUCUGCAUGGGAGUCGUACUUUACCAGGCGCCUCGUCCAGCCUGGUGGUGAAGUUUGCCGAUUCAGAGAAGGAGCGAGGGCUUCGGCGGAUGCAGCAGGUGGCCUCUCAACUGGGGGUCAUCAGUCCCAUGACCCUGCACCUUGGGGCCUACAAUGCCUACACACAGGCCUUGAUGCAGCAGCAGGCCCUGGUGGCGCAGUCGGCCUACCUCUCUCCUGUUGCCACGGUGGCAGCGGUUCAGAUGCAGCAGCUCGCCGCCCUCAACCCCAGCAGCAUUAUUGCCACGCCGAUCGCAUCCAUCACCCCCUCCUCAGGUACCAGCACUCCACCCUCCAUCUCAGCCACACCUGUUCCUGCUCUGCCGCCACCAAUCGCAGUGAACAGCUACGCCUCUGUGCCAGCUCCACCCAACGGCCAAUCAGCAACUGAGGCCCUGUACACUAACGGGGUUCAUGCCUAUCAAGCUCAGAGUCCUGUCCUGGAUCCCCUGCAGCAAGCUUAUACAGGCAUGCAGCACUAUACAGCCACCUACCCUGCUGCCUACGGCCUGGUGGGACAGCCAUUCCCCCACCAGCCGACACUGGUGGCUCAGCAGCCACAGCAACCGCAGCAGCUGCAGCAACGAGAAGGUCCUGAGGGCUGCAACAUCUUCAUCUACCACCUGCCACAGGAGUUCACCGACUCCGAGAUACUGCAGAUGUUCCUUCCCUUCGGAAACGUCAUCUCUGCAAAGGUCUUUGUCGACCGCGCCACCAACCAGAGUAAAUGCUUUGGUUUUGUGAGUUUUGACAACCCAUCCAGCGCCCAGACUGCCAUCCAGGCCAUGAACGGCUUCCAGAUCGGCAUGAAGAGACUGAAGGUACAGCUGAAGAGGCCCAAGGAUGCCAACAGGCCUUACUGAAGGAGGAAAACCUAAGAGUUCAAUCAAGAAAAACCACUUGGGAUGUCCCAGCCUUUUUUGGUUGUUUGACCAACCAUAUAGCACAGGAGCAACACUUCACAAAACGCAGUAUCACGUGUAUGCGCUUACAGAAACAACAAACAACAGCAGUAAUAUCAGCAACAAAUACAUCUACAGAAUCCGCAUCCGCAAUAUCUGAAGUGCUCCAGAUUUCCUAUCAUUCCACAGCUGGAUUCAUUUAUAUUAUGUACAUACUCUAUUGUCGGCAACAAGAUCUACAUGUUAAGAAAAAGCAUAUCACUGAUGUUAUUCUUCUGAACAGGGUUCUACUGUAUAGUGUGAUUUGUGGUCAAUGGCGUCAACAGAGGGCCAGUCUACAGUCGGAGGCAAAAGAAAAUACUAUUCUGUAUGAUUACCAUGGGUAAUAUUGUUAUGUAGAGUUAGUUUUAUUAUUUAUACGUAAAUUAAAAACAUGGGGUGAUUAAACUGGAAGAGAUUUCCUCUCACUGUACAUACCUUGGUUUAAAAAUGGAGUUAAAAGACUUCACAAGUUAAGAUUCUCUGCUGCCACUACUUUUCAAAAUUAACAAAGCGGAAGGAAUGGCUGGGAAUUUUUCUAUCUUGAUUUUUUACGUUUAAUUUAUUUGGUAAUCAAUUUGAUGAGGGCGGGGGAGAUGUGACGAUUUCUUUUUUAAUUUAAGGAAGAAAAAAAAAGAGGAUUCCUGUGGUCUUCAAGACAAUGAACACACUUAUUAUUAUAGAGUUUUUAAUUACAUAAAUGUACCUAUGGAAGUUAAAAAAAACAAACAUAAUGUUUCUUUAUUUAUUCUCUACAA